CAUUGUUAAUCCUGGGACUCCCUCCAGGCCUGCACCACUUCUCCUUCUCUUCCAUAACCUUGUAGCCUUGUCUUACCAGAUUGAACCAAACUACCUUCACCAUUGUGCCAAAAUUUCUGUUAAAUGAAAGAUUUUGAACUCAAAUAACUCAUUUGAAAUGCGUCAUGGAUUCACCCUCCCUUCAUCACAAUUCAAAACAACUAAUCAAAUCCUAAUUCUUUCUCAUCAUAAUAAUCAUCAUCUCCCAAGAACAUACCUUUAUCCUUUUACUCUCCACCUUCAAACUCAAUUUCUCUCUCCUACUUCUGUUCCAAUACUUAGAUGCUGCUACGGAGGCCAUGUAAUUGAUCUUAUGGUGCUGGGAAAUUGCAGAAAUUUGAGGAAGAGGCAGAGAUGUAAAGUGGGUGGUGUUCAAAUUAUAGCCAGUGUGAGAGAAACCCCAUAUCAAGUUUUGGGGAUUUCAUCUUCUGCUACACCGAGUGAAAUCAAAAGGGCUUAUCGAAAACUUGCUCUCAAAUAUCACCCAGACGUUAAUAAAGAGGCAAAUGCUCAAGAGAAAUUUUUGAGAAUAAAGCAUGCAUAUAAUACAUUGAUCAACUCUGAUUCUCGAGGUAGAUAUGAUGCUGGAAAUUACAAAUCUGAUUUUUCAUAUUCAUCUUCUGGAAGGCGUCAGAGCACCCAAGAAGAGGAAGAAUUCUAUGGUUUCGGUGAAUUUUUGAGGGAUGUCCAAAUUUCAGUAGGUGAUUUCUUUAGAGAUCUACAGGAAGAAUUUCAAAACUGGGAAGCAAAUGCCUCGUCACAAGGAAAGCCAAAGAGCUUGUGGGAAGAGUUAGGGGAAAUAGGUGAAGAAUUUGUUGAAUUUUUGGAGAAAGAACUUAACAUCACUGAUGAAGAUGUCAAUGGUGAGACACCUAGAGAAGGUUCUUUUGGAAGCUCUAGUGCUAAAAGAGGAAAUAAUGUUGACAAUGGAAAUGGUGGAAAAAGCAGCAUUGAAGAGAGUAUUGACGACAUCGAAGCUGCUCUUUCUCAAUUGAAGAAGGAAUUGGGUCUAUAGUGUUGAAGACUAUAUGUUCUUUUGUUGUUUAGAAUUAUUAAACCACAUCAUGAUAGUUUCAACUGGAAAGGUCGGAAUUUCGUCUGGCUUGUCCGACACUUUAUCCAUGCUACACUGUCGUAAGCGGAAGAAGGAUAUUACAAGUUGCCGGAGGCCUGACUGAGCAAGUAAAUCCCUGAAUAUGCCCUACAUCAGAGAGCCUAAGCUCCAAACGAAUACGUUUAUUUUUCAGAUGAAUAUGAUUUGAGAUGAAUAUUAUUAUUAAUGGGACAUGCCAAUUCAUAUGACUUAUUUGUUUAAACGUUUAUUUGUUCAAUUCAUAUGCCAUAACAA